AUGCGUAAACAAAGUAUGAAUCAUAAGAAAAUAUAACAAUUUCAAUUAUUAAAAAAUUCAAAACUAAAGAAGUUUCCUGGUCAAAAAAUAGUCUUUUGUUAGGAUGUGGCCAAGGCAUCUGGCCAUUCGGGCACUCAAAUAUUAAAAACAAUACGGAAAGCCAACGAUUUAGCAUUCUUCGUCAUCGUGUUGGGACUCAAGUGUGAUGUAUAUGUCAAUAUAUAUUCUAAUAACCUUAAAAAUAGUUGUAACAUAUUAAUUUUUUAAUAUGAACAGUAAUUUUAAAAUUUUUCAAUCAAUUUUAUGUUUUUGUUUUCUAUUUGCGUUACAUAUUUUAUUAAAUCGUAUAAAAUUGUUUUUGCAGUUUGCCAAAGCCCGGACGCAGUUGUUACAAGCAAGCUGACGGAUUUUCUGGAGGUUGGUUUAAAAUGUCAAUUAUUUUUGGAUGAAGAUUAUUAAUGUAAAUAGAAUUUUGUAAAGCCGCAUUCCGGGAAUGAAAAUAUUUUGUGGGUAAUAUGGAGGUUUGUUAUUGGUUUAAUGCAGUACGCGUCAUAUGCGGCCGCAGGGGUUUAAUCUUUUUUGGAGCCGAAAACUUGGGGGAAAAAGCAAUGUGGAUGCCGGGCUUUUUUCGUGGAUAGUUAGAACAAGUUGGACUAUGUUUUUAAGUGCAAUUUUGGCGUUUUUUUACCGAUUUUAUCAUGUUUUUAAUGGUUGUUAUGGUUUUGUUGAUUUCAGGUAUCGGCGAUGCAGCUCGACCAAGAUAAUUCUCCUCAAACAUCCGAGUUGAAAGGUAAUUAUUUAUAUUUUACUUUUUUGUUUGAUCAAUGGUUUAUUCUAUGUAAAAACUUGUUUUUUAAUGUAUAGUUUAUGUUGUCAAUGUGUCUUAUUUACUUUUAAUGAUUUCUUUUUGUUAUAGAUCUAAAUGGAGAAGAUGGACCGAAAGAAGAGGUAAGCCACUAUCUCAGCAACAUAUAAAACUUUUUUUUCAGUCAAAUCGACCACCGUUCACAGUUAACUCUGUGCUUCAUUUUCUUCAAAGCGAGUUGAACAGGUAUGAAAUCGAAAGAGCUCAAUGGGAGAUGGAGAGAACUGAACUAAUUGUAAGUAAAUAUUGUUAUAAAAUUGUUUAUUCUGUGUUUAGGCUCGUGUAAAUUUUUUGAAUGGAGAACGUAAAGGACAAGAAGAGCUGAAGCGUGAUCUUGUCAGACGUAUUAAGAUGUUGGAGUACAGUUUAAAACAAGAACGGUAUGUGAUUGGUUUGAUGGUAUAUAAAAUUAAUUUUUAGUGCAAAAGUUGCUAGACUAACAAGCGAAGCUAAAACAGAAGGCAAUGAAGAAAAUGAGGAGGUUAAACCGACAGGUGAGAGAUUUUUGUAUUGUUUAAAUUAUAAUAAAAGCCCGUAAAGUUGAGAAACAAGUUUUUAAAAGUAAAAGUGAUAAUAUUUAUUGUUUUAGUUGUAUAACUUUAAAUGUGUCGUGUUUUAAAGAAAUUUGUUAAAUUUUUUAUUUAAGACGAGCCACUUGGAGCAAUCGAAGUCGAUGCUGUUAUACCCAAUCCUCAAACGUCUCCAGUCUAUAAGCAAGCCAGGUCGUUGCUUAGGCAAUACCUAAAUGAAAUAGGAUAUUCUGAAAAGAUUCUGGAUGUACGAGCUUUUAGAGUAAAAAAUUUGCUGGGGAUUGUGCCUGGAAACAAUGAAGGUUUUCUUAAUGAUGGGUGAGAUCAUUACUUUGAUUUUAAACCUUAGUUUGAGCGUUUUGUGUGAAGAAGUAGACUAUACUUAAUAUACUUCACGAUUUUUAAACAACGAGUAAUAUUUUUAGCUCCAAAGAAAGUCAAUCUAGAGGAAAAGUUUUAACAGAAUCCGAGAAGGCUAUCUUAGAAGCCGCGGAUCUCUUAAGAAGCAACAACAUUAAUGAUAACGACGAUGCGUCGGAUUCAGAAGGCUCCGGAGGCAAUUUGGAUGCCGAAGCCGUAACCGCAAUUGAAUUUGAGUUUUUGAACGAAGAGAAGAAUGGACCGUCAGCUGAGGAAUGGAACGUUGAUCCAAACAGAAUCGAAGCCAUGAAAGACGAUUACUUCAAGAAGCUGAAAGAAAAGGCUAGCCGAGAUGAGGAACAUAAACAGGAAACUAAAGAACAACAGUUUUUUCACCAACUAAAUGAAAGUUGCAUACCUAAAGAGAAGCUGUUGGAGAUGAACGAGGACAUUAACAUCAAGGAUGUUACUGAGGUAUGUUGUGGUUGCUUUUACUUUAGUUUUUGGAUGUUAUGGCCUCUUUUUUUUAAAAAGGCAUUAAAAGUCUUGCUAUAAGGUUUCUAAUGGUCUUUAUGUUAUAGUAGGAUAAGCUUCUGGUUGUAAACUAUCAAUGUUAUCAUAUCAGUCUUAUUUUUGUAGUUAAACAACGAUUCUCCAUCGAUUCAAUGGCGUAUCGCCUUCACACUGCGAAGUCAUCUUGACAGUGUUCGAGCCAUGAAGUUCCAUCCGUUUGAACCGGUUUUAGUCACUGCUUCUGAAGACGGCACGGCCAAGAUGUGGAAUUUGGCGGACAAAGAUACGAAAGGGCAACAAUCUCACACAACCGUUAUGGGUGUGGUAGAUCUUGAGCCGAGAUACACUUUCAGAGGUCACAAGUAUGUCGAUUUAUUUUUUUUUUGGGUACUAUUUUUGAUUUGGAACAGUGAGAACGUUAUGGAAUAGUGGUUUUUAGUGAUUUUUUUUAUUUUUUUUGUUGGGUGGAUUGAUGUUUUAAAUUUUCAGAGGACAUAUCUUAUCCAUGGACAUGAAUUCAACUGGAGAUUCAUUCUACACUGGUGGAUAUGAUGGUGUGAUUUGUUGCUGGGAAAUGCCACCGUUUGAUAUACCAAUCUAUGAUCAAUACGGUAAGGUAUAAUUCAUUGAGUUUUAGGUAACACACUACUUAGCUAAGUUUUUAGUCAAAAAUGGAAUUUUUAGACAUAAAUUUUAAUUUUUAGCUCAAUAGGGAAAUGAAAUUUUGUUUUAGGUAUGAAAAUUUGCUAAAUAGCGGUUUCUUUUAGAUUUAGAAAAAAAAAUUAAUAACAGCAUUUUUCAAAGAUUUUUUUGAGCUUAUAAUUAUUUUUAUUAACUGUUUUCAAAUUUUAGACCCUCGUUUUUUGGCCGAAAAAUUGGUAGGUCACACUCAACCAGUUUGGUCAGUCGUCUACCACUCUUCAUCCAACCGACUGAUCAGUGGCUCAGCAGAUGGAACAAUACGUCUAUGGGAACUUGGUUUGGCCAAGGGAGAAGGCCAAGAAGAUCCACAACUCAAGUUAUAUGCCCCACCAACAGCUAAUGCUCGGCCAAGAGCGCUGGACCUGGUUUCAACCGAAACACAACGACUUUUGGCAGCCUACACUGGUAAAUCAGCGUGCAUGUUGGACUUGGAGACGGGACAAAAGAUUUUGGACUUUGAUUUGAGCUUACCCGAGGAUGAGGUUGGAGAAAUCAACUCGAUUAUUAGUCAUCCUACUAUGCCGGUUAGUAUCAUGGCUGGUGUAGACAGGAAAAUCCGUUACUUUGAUAAUCAUACUGGUAAGCGGAUGGGAGUUUAAUCGUUUUUUUAAAGUUUUAAAAACAUGCCAUUUUGGAGAUUUGAUAAAAAUUUGAUAUUUUGAAGGCUGGAAAAACAAAUCUUUUUUGAACAAUUUGGUCAAAUAAUAUAAUUUGAGUUUUAAUACUUUUUGUUUUAGGAAAACUGGUGCGAAGUGCGGUAUCACACGUGGAGAGCAUCUCAACACUAGCUGCAGACCCGAAUGGCCUAUACAUGCUUAGUGGCUGUGAAGAUGGAUCGCUGAGAGUGUGGGACAUGGAGUCAAAGACAUGUAUACAGGUACGUAGAGGGUUAUUAUUAAAAGGUUUUUGGGUAAAAUACGAAGCAUUGUGGGUUUUGAUGAAAAAAUGGCUAAAAUUUUAAUUUUCUAUAAUUUAGGUAAUAGUUUCAUUAAAAUGUUUGGAAAUUAGUGUAUUGUUGACACUGUGACUCUUUUUUAGGAAAUUGCUGCGCAUCGCAAAAAGCACGACAUGUCGGUGAUGGCCGUCGCCAUUCACCCCUCACGGCCGUUGAUCGGCUCCGCCGGCGCGGACUCUCUGGUCAAGGUGUUCUCUCAACGAUCGUACUCAGCCAGCUGA